AUGGUGGAAACAAAUUCUGCACAGGUGGCUUUGCUGAACUCGUUGUCGUCCACCAUGCGAUGUUCUAAAGUUGAACUGCACUCAUGUGCCGAGACACUGGUCCAAAGUUGUGACGAACACGUUGCCAAUUUUAGCCUUGCAUGCUGCUGUCAGGGCUUGCUGAAAGUCGACAGCAUUGCAAAUGUGUUGCCGGCACUAAAGGAAGUCUUGGACAUCGGAAGCCUCCGGCUUAAGGCCUCGCAGAGGUGUCUGCCCGAACGGCAAAGUGCCUGGCGCGACUCAGCGCAGUCUCACCGCCAUGAAGCGCAGUAA